AUGCACAAGGACCUGAAGGCAUGGACACGGGCUUGCAUUGCCUGUCAACGGAGCAAGAUCCAGCGGCACAACAAGGCCCCUAUUGGUACCUUCCCCGGCCCUGGUGCAAGGUUCAGCCGCGUUCACCUGGACAUUGUAGGCCCCCUGCCUCUGUCCAAUGGUUGUUCCUAUCUCCUCACCUGUGUGGAUCGGUUCACUCGGUGGCCUGAAGCAAUUCCCCUGCCUGACAUUGCUGCUCCAACGGUGGUCAAGGCUUUUCUCAGUCGUUGGGUUGCUAUCUUUGGUGCACCCUCCACAAUCACGACUGACCGUAGUGCCCAAUUUGAAUCUAAUCUCUUCCAGUCUUUACUCUCCUUUUUAGGCUGUACCCGCAUCCGGACGACAGCCUAUCACCCGUCUGCUAACGGGAUGGUCGAGCGGUUUCACCGCCAGCUGAAGGCCUCCCUACGCGCCGCAACCGAUCCGGAGAACUGGACGGAUCACCUUCCCCUGGUCCUCUUGGGCAUCCGCUCCGCUCUCAAGCCGGACCUUGACUGUUCCGCAGCUGAACUGGUGUUCGGCUCCACCGUCCGAAUCCCCGGUGAGAUGAUCUCGCCAACCCCUCAAGGUGCAGCUGAGGAUCCUACCAACCUCCUGCAUCGUCUCCGGCAGUUUAUGCGGACACUUUCUCCGGUUCCCUCCCAGGUCCUCCGCCUCUCCGUCUUAUCUCGAGAAGGACUUGGCAACGUGCUCUCACGUCUACCUUCGAUGUGAUCGAGUCCGCCGGCCUCUGCAACCGCCCUAUGACGGCCCAUUUCGGGUGCUCUCUCGCGGGCCGAAGACUUUCCGCAUUCAGCGUGACAAUCGUGAAGAGGUCGUGAGUGUGGACCGCCUCAAGGCUGCCGUCCCUGACACUCCUCCGGAUGAAUCCUGUGGUCCUGUACCUUCUGCUUUCCCCCAUGCAGCCUCUAUUCCACCGUCCCGUAUUUUCCCUCUGCCCUCCUGUCCGCCAUCUCCGACUGCCACCACCAACUCCAACACUUCCGCCACCGGAUUUAUUCACUCUUCUACAGACCCUGUAUAUAUCACUCGUAGUGGUCGUCAUGUACACUUUCCUGAUCGGUUGGUCACGCAUUUCUUUUAG